CGAAAAAAUAAAAACAAAAAUUUCACUUCAAAAUAUAGUUGGAAAAAAUCGAUUUCGCUGCAUUGAAAUUGCAGAUUUUGUGAAAGAUUUGUGCCUCCUUGGAUGGCUGGCCUUCAAGACGAACAAAACCACACAAAUAUGGCUACGGAAAGCGACGACGAAGUAGAAAAAAUUAGCCUUGGAGUUCGGACGAAAUUUCAAGUCUGCCUCAAUGGCGCCCAUAAUUUGGACUGCGGUAAGAACGAAGGGAAAGUUACGAAGCAUUUUCGGCCUGUGAAUAACGAACAGGGGCCUAAGAACUUGGGCGUCAAGCCGUAUUUUGGCUCGGGAAGGCAUGGGAAGUGUGGCAACGCUGUGAAUAAGUCUGUUCCUGAUGGCAAAAUGACACUGAUUGUCGAUGAUACUCGUUUUGUUGUUGAGAGGAAUAAAUUUGAUUCACGACCUAAUACAAUGUUGGCUAGGUAUGUAUCGAAUCUAGCGCACAGCUGCACAAUAACAGUGAUGCAACUACCAGAAAAAUAUGAGCAAAACUAUUUACUUCUACUUCAAUGAAGUUGAAGGGCGUUUGCUUGAGACGCAGAAAUUUUGCUAAUAUAUUUUUCAGUCUGUGUCUGUCAAUUUGCAGCUGUCUUCUUAUCAUGGCCCUGACUGGAAUGUUUGGAAAUUGCGUGCCGGAGAUUUUGAAAAUUUAAUAGUAAAUAUAUAGAAAGCAUCAAAAUUGUGCGGCCGAUAUCUCCGCCGUGCGAUACAAUGGCACCAGUGCUGUAAGUAACUUCGUUACAAGUAACGAAAUUACAAGUAAUCGUUACUUUUUGAGUAACGGUAACUAGUUACUUUUAAAAAUAAGGUAACUGUAACGAGUUACAUUUUGGCCUAAAAUGAAACGAUAACACGUUACUUUUAUAGCCGACGUUUACGUUACUUUUUUCGUUACAUUCUUGCGGUUAAAACUUACAAUUCACCUCUCAGUUCUCGAAAUUCUCCUCACGGUUUUCUACGACAACGCAUGGUUCAGUGCUUAACACAUCUGAGAGAUCCAUUAGUGGUAAGGUUACAUAACGUUUACAAAUAAUUAACGUCAUCUGCUGACCACUAAUCAUUAAGUUGAAAGAAACUGGGUUUUUUCAUAAUUGAAGUAACUUGUAACUAGUUACAAAAAUAUUGAAGUAAUUUUGUAACGGCAACUAGUUACAUUUUUUUAAGUGUAACUUUUACCAGUAACUAGUUCCUUUUUUGGGAAUGUAACUGUAACUGUAACUAGUUCCAAAAAAUGAGUAACUUUUACAGCACUGAAUGUACUACAAUUAGUGUACGUAAUAGGAUGGUUUGACUGCAAUUUGGAUAGGACAUGCACGAGUUAGCUUUUCAAAGAGUAUCAAAAUAGCAUGACCCAAAGGACAAGUGCUAUUCAAGGUCUUUGAAAAAUUCACAAAGCAAUCUGUGACCGUUAUUUGAGGACUGCCUUAAGCUUAUUGGUUGAUUUUAGAUCUCGUUUUUUCCACCAAUCAGAUCAGUUUGUUACAGAUUUUUGCAUCGCUGUUUGAGAUUGCACUGAAAUCAACCAAUCACAGCCGAGUAAUAAUUUUACGUAUAUUAUUAGAUAGUAUACAAUGGGUCAUUCCAGAAAACAUCCAUACCACCCUCACAGAGGAAAUAUGAAGUUAACCCCCCUACCCCCUUCGGAUGUCCUAAUACAUUUACUAUUAUCAGAAACAAUUUUUUCUCCCCUCCCCCUCCGGACGGCAGAAAUUUCCUCCGUGGAGGGAGUAUGGAUCUUUUCUGGAACGACCCAAUAAUAAAAAAUAGAAAUAUUUUCUGGGGGACCAUGCCCCCGGAUGGCCCCCCCCCAAUUGUUUGAGGCUGCCUACCCCCUGCACACAACUGAGCAUUUUUAUCAUUUACAGAAUGUUCUCUCCAUCGACAGACUACGGUCAGAAGAACGACAAAGGGGAGUUUGUUGUUGCCCAAGGAGUAUCAUCGAAUGUCUUCAAAUCAAUUCUGGUAAGAAAUAUCCCCCUUGGAACUGUUAGAGUUAGGGCCUGAAAUUUACUUUUCAAAAUGAUUUUAGUGGGGAAGAUAUUAGCAGACCCCAAACUGAGCAUGCUCUAACUAAUUUAAAAAUGAAAAUUAAAGCCCAGCAAAUGACUUUCAGACAAGACAUAACAAAAAUAUAAAAUUUAUUGGCUAACGUUUCGUUGUAUUGUUCACAACAUCUUCAGAGCGAUUAAACUUAUUUACAAGUGUGUAUUAUAUAUAUACAAAUUUUUAAAUGGUUACAUUAUUCAAAUAAGCGAAUAAGAGGAAGGGAAAUUUUCAUUUUCAUUUUAUUUUUCAUUUUUGUUAUGUCUUGUCUGAAAGUCAUUUGCUGGGCUUUAAUUUUCAUUUUUAAAUUAGGCCAAAAAAAAUAUGUGGGUUUCCAGUUUCUUCUUAUAAAAACUUAGGUAGGGUAGGUCGGUUUUAAGUUGUUUUUUUAAAACUUUUUUUUAAAUUUUCCUAACAACCGGACGUCAUUUUGUUUAGUCAGUGCUUCCACAUCCAAAGAUAUAUUUCCCUAAUAUUGCCUCAAAUUUCAAUUUUCCACAAACUUUUUCCUCUAAGUGGAAACACUUACAAGCAUGACCCAAUAAAAAAGUUUAGGGUCGGGAUUUCGACAUCCAAAAGCUAGGUAGGGUCAGGAAACCGGAAACCCACAUAUUUUUUUUUGGCCCUAUGCUUUCCACCCGGUGUAUCAAUCGCUGCUGUUUUAACCAUGCUCUGCAUAAAGUUUUUGCAAAUUUUGCGGAAUUUGCAAACGUUUUCGAACUGUGCAGUUUUUUUAUACACCCUGUAUAUUUUUGUGUGUUGAUGUUAUAUACUCACAUUACUCAGGUGAAUAACGGGCUCGAAUUUUAUCGCGGCAAUUGCCGUAGAGGGAGAACAAAAUGCUGUGGAUCAUUGUGGCAACGAUGGCAAUUUUUUGCCGUAUAGUGCAAUUUUUUUACUAUUCACUGUGCAUUACUACUUUGAUACUUGAAUUCAGAUGUUGAUCAAAUCAUGCGUAAAUCACUGUUUUAGUCUCAGUUUUCUUUGAAAAAAAAACACCAAAGAAAUAUGUAGACAUGUUUCUAGCUUGUCAAAAAUCCAAAGUAACAGUAAAAUUAAAGUUUUAUUACAGUAAUUUGGAAAAUGCCAUGGAAACUGCCCCAAUUGCCAUAGACAGCUGUUACGUUCUACGGCAAUUUUUAACACGAUUGCCGUCGAUUGAUUUCAGGGAAAUUCAUGGCCUUGGUGAAUAUGAUGUUUGUGAUGUUACUCUGAGUGUAUAUCCACACCGGGCAGGCUGAAAAGUUUGCCUGACCAGCUUGUGGUGUGGAUGCGCACUCAGAGUAACAUCACAAACAUCAUAUAUUCACCUGAGUACAUAACAACAACACACACAAAAAUGUCUUAGAAUACAGUACAUUGAUAUCGAUCGAACUAGCUCAGUUCCGAAAUCUCACCAACUCGAACCGACUUGACCUCAUACAGUAGCUCAGCAGGGCUUUCAAAAUAAGCUGGCGGCUGCCGGAGCUCCGGCGGGUGCCACAAGGUUCACCGCCGGUUACUUUGUUUAGUACUUGAGUGAUCAAUUCUGCUCUCCUUUCUCGAACUCUAAGCUUUCAAACAAAGUUAUUUUUCCCAAAGGUCGCGGGUUUGAUUCCCACCGUGGUCAGGCAAACUUUUCAGCUUGCCCGGUGUGGAUGCACACUGAGAGUAACAUCACAAACCCUGUAUAUAUUGUAUUUGUAUGUAUAUAUUUUGUAUUUAGGAUUAUUACAGUGUUGGUAUAAUUCACUGUCCACCAACUGUACCCAUUCAAGAACUGAGAGAAGCUUGCGACUACUUGCUUAUUCCGUUCAACGCUACAGUCAUCAAGUGUCAUAACUUAAGUAAGUGGUAUUUUGACACCAAAUGAAAUGCUGAUCAAUUCUUAUAUACCUCGUACCCACUGAACAAUUCAACAUUACGUUUUUUUCUUUAGGGGAUUUACUUCAUGAGUUUUCAAAUGACGGAGCCAGAGAACAGUUUAGAAAAUAUUUGGAAAUAGAUAUUGUUCCUCUCAUGGUACAAGCUGCUAAGGUAUUGGAAAUAUUUCAUUUCUCUGGGUACUUCCAUUUCCUCGUGUGGUAACACUGGAUUAAUAAAAGAUGACUCUUACUGGGCCUCUAGAGAAAACAGUUUAGAACUGAUGGAGCUAUCCAGUUAAAUAAUGUUAGUUUAGUUUAGGUUUCCUCCUGUAGUAACACUGGAUCAAUAAGAGAUGAUCCUUACUAGACCUCUAGGGAGAACAGUUUAUAACUGACAGAGCUAUCCAGUAUAAAUAAAGUUAGUUUAGUUCAGGUUUCCGCCUGUAGUAACACUGGAUCAAUAAGAGACGAUCCUUACUGGACCUCUAGGAAGAACAGUUUAGAACUGAUAGAGCUAUCCAGUAUAAAUGAAGUUAAUGUAGUUUAUUUAAGUUUCCUCCUGUAGUAACACUGGAUCAAUAAGAGAUGAUCCUUACUGGACCUCUAGGAAGAACAGUUUAGAACUGAUAGAGCUAUCCAGUAUAAAUAAAGUUAGUUUAGUUUAGGUUUCCUCCUGUAGUAACACUGGAUCAAUAAGAGAUGAUCCUUACUAGACCUCUAGGGAGAACAGUUUAUAACUGACAGAGCUAUCCAGUAUAAAUAAAGUUAGUUUAGUUCAGGUUUCCGCCUGUAGUAACACUGGAUCAAUAAGAGACGAUCCUUACUGGACCUCUAGGAAGAACAGUUUAGAACUGAUAGAGCUAUCCAGUAUAAAUGAAGUGUAGUUUAUUUAAGUUUCCUCCUGUAGUAACACUGGAUCAAUAAGAGAUGAUCCUUACUGGACCUCUUGGAAGAACAGUUUAGAACUGAUAGAGCUAUCCAGUAUAAAUAAAGUUAGUUUAGUGUAGGUUUCCUCCUGUAGUAACACUGGAUCAAUAAGAGAUUAUCCUUACUGGACUUAUAGGAAGAACAGUUUAGAACUGAUAGAGCUAUUCAGUAUAAAUAAAGUUAGUUUAGUUUAGGUUUCCUCCUGUAGUAACACUGGAUCAAUAAGAGAUGAUCCUUACUGGAUCUCUAGGAAGAACAGUUUAAAACUGAUAGAGCUAUCCAGUAUAAAUAAAGUUAGUUUAGUUUAGGUUUCCUCCUGUAGUAACACUGGAUCAAUAAGAUCUGAUUCUUACAGGGAGAACAGUUUGGAACUGGUAGAGCUAUCCUGAUUAAAUUCAAAUUUUUAAUUUUGUUUCCAGAUGGGUCGACGUGAAUGUCAUGUUGUUAUUCUAACAAAUGAUGAUGUCGUUGAAUGGGAUGAAGAAUAUCCUCCUAGUACUGGAGAAGAAGACACUCAAAGUAGGUUUAUUGAGUGAUUUUUAGUGUUCCAAGUUUACAUGAGAUGAUUAGGACGUUUUGCUUAGACAAGAGAGACAUCUCGAAAUAAAAACUCAUCCAAAAUAAGUAGCUUGAUCUGUGAUUUGUAUUUUCUAGUUAUCUAUUCCUCGGAUCUCAAUGGUUUUUUCAAGUAUUUUGAGAAUAGAGAUGUCGCUAAAGAGGUUCUCAAGGAGCGUGGUUUAAAAAAGAUCAGACUGGGAAAUGAAGGU